CGGGGCGGGGAAUGGAGGCCGUGGCGCGGAGUUCGGAGCGGGCUGGGGCCGCCAUGCGGAGCCGCGCCGAGGUGGACGCCACGCUGCAGACGGCCAAGCUGAACCCGGCGGAGCUGCUGCCGGCCGUGCACUGCCUCAGCUUCGGCCCGCAGGCCGGCGGCGGCGAGUGCUGCCUGCUGCAGCUUGAGCCGGGGCUCUGCGCCGAGCUGGAGGCGGGGCGCAGCCUAAUAAUCCGUGGUGAAAAGGAUGAACAUGCAGUGUUGUGCAGCAAAGAUAAAACUUAUGACAUGAAAAUAGCAGAUACCUCAAAUAUGCUGCUGUUUGUUCCUGGUUGCAAAACUCCAGAGGAACUGAAAGCAGAUCAGGCAUCUUGUAAUAUUAUUCAUUCACAGAUUGCUGGUUUCUCCAAGAACUAUUGGGAAUUAAGGAGAUGUCGACCAAAACUGAAGAAACUGAGGAUGCUUUUAAUGGAAGAUCCAUAUGAAGGGCCUGAUAGUCAGAAAGAUCAGACUUCAACAUUUUCAAAGUAUACAACAGAAGAUUUGUUAAAUCUGAUUCAAGCAAGUGAGGAAGAAAUACUCCACCAAUUGCAGGUCAUAGAUGCCUGCAAAAUCGAAGGAUAUUGGAGAAUUCUAGACUUUGACUAUGAGAUGAAACUCUUGAGUCAUGUGACUCAGCUAAUAGACUCAGAGUCCUGGCCUUUGAGUAAGGUUCCUCUCUGUGCCUGCCUUGAAGAACUUGGAUCUCUAGAACCCAGAGAGAUGAUAGAACACAUUCUUUUAAGCUAUGGCAGGAAAUAUGUUGAUGAUGGGGAGGUUUUCUUUGAAAUGCAUGAAGAUAAAAUAUGCAGAGCUAUAGCACAAAUGCUUUUGCAAAAUGCAGUUAAAUUCAAUCUAUCAGAGUUUGAAGAAGUCUGGCAACAGAGUGUCCCUGAGGGGAUGACAGCAAGGCUUGAUCAGCUUCAGGGCUUGGCUCUUGUGGAUAGAAGUUCAAGACCAGAGACCAUCUUUCUGCUGAAAGUGGAAGACUUACCUGAAGACAAUCAGGAAAGAUUCAACAGCUUAUUUGGCAUACGGGAAAAGUGGACAGAAGUGGAUAUUACCCCUUAUAUACAAGACUUGUGUGCAGAGAAGCAGACUGUUGGUGCUCUUCUGACAAAAUAUGCUCGCUCCUCAAUGCUGAAUGGUGUUAAAGUUUAUAAUUCUAGAAGACCCAUCUCAUAACAAGUAUUGUUUGAAGAACUGAGGAUACUGAAUGUAGUAACAGUGAAUGUUACUUGCUGCUGCCUUCUGGGGAAAAGAGUGGCCAUCAUUAUACAGUGUACUUACAGGCUAUUUGAAUAUGUUGUAUUCUCUGCUCAGCUAAGCAGAGUGUGAGGACACUUGUGGCCUCUGAUGAAUGAUAUUGAGCUCACCUUCCUUUGCCAGCCUUCUUUGCCAACCUUCCUUUGCCCAACUUCUACUUCUUGAAUACACAUAAUCUUUUUAUCCAUAAGUCUGAAACAAAUAUUAAAAACUUCCUUGAUAAUAAUUCAAUCAAUUCAAUUGAAUAGCAAAAUAGAAAUUUUAGUCUUCUGCCCAUUAGUGGCCAUUCUUGAAGAUUAGGGUUUCAAUGCAGUGUUCACAUUUUGCAUAGCAGAGAACUCAUCAAGCUCAUGAACAAAUCAUUCCCCACUGGGACUACAUCAGUCUUGAUUUUGAAAAGUGGUUCCUUUUAAGGUCAUGUCUAUGAACAACAUCAGCACCUGACACUUUAAUACUUGGCAGAAUGGCCUUAUGUAUAUUACCAAAAAAACCCUAAUUGCAGUGAAGUGUGAAUAUAAGAGAGAGAAGUUGGAUGAUGUGUUACAAAUUUCCUAUAACCUGUCAUUAAAAUGUAGCUGAGGUAAAACUGGUGCUUUACAGAAGAGUACUUGUGUUUUUUUAAAAAGAACCUACAAAACUUUGUAGUACAAUUAUUUUUUUAAAACUUUGUUAGGGCACAUGACAGCACAUAGAAAUUGUGCCUUACAGUUUUGUAAUGAUAAUACUGUUGUAUGUAAAUGAAACAGAAUGUUUUGAUGAUACUGCCAUGAAAUGGUGUACUUGAGAUGGUAAUCUUGUAAUCAUUAAAAAGGAUUGUUUGCAUGUCAGUAAACCAGAGUUUAAUAUUA